GAACAGCGAGUGGGGGAAAAAUGGCGGCGGAACACGAACCUGUGACGGAUUUAAAUUCGGCUUUAAAAGAUGAGAGCUCCAGUCCUCAAGCGACACGUGAUUCUGAGAGUGGAGCAAGGAGCUCCAGCUCUUCAGAAGACAGUGAUGGUGAUGGAGAUGGGCGCAUGAGAAGCAGAGAUGAAGAGCCUCGCAGUCCUCCUGCAGACAGAGUACCGGAGGAACAAGCGGGCGAAGGCGCUGCUCAGAGGCGGUCGUCCGGCUCCAGCGGCUCAGACAGCAGCAGCGAGGAGGACAGUGACGAUGGCGUGAGGCACAAGAUGAAGAGCAGCGUGGCACACGUCAGGCGUGAUGAUCAGGACGAGAGCAGCAGACGCAGGAGCUCCUCAGCAGACAGGAACGGCAGUGGAAGGUCAUAUUCCCGCUCGCGCUCUAGGUCUCGGUCUCCACAGAGACGGAAAGAACGAGCCCGCAGGUCUCGGGAUCGUGAUGGUGACCAGCGUUCCGAUCGGCGCUCCAGCCGCGAACGAGAUGGAGACAGAGACAGGUUCAGGUCCAGGAGGGGACGAUCUGCGUCUCCAUCACAAAGAGACAGACCCACUGCCGAUGAGCCUCCAGUUAAGAAGAGGAAGGAGGAGCUGGAUCCUAUCCUGACCCGCACCGGAGGAGCGUACAUCCCUCCGGCCAAGCUGCGCAUGAUGCAGGCUCAAAUCACCGACAAAAGCAGUCUGGCGUAUCAGAGGAUGAGCUGGGAAGCCCUCAAGAAGUCCAUCAACGGUCUCAUCAACAAAGUAAACGUGUCCAACAUCGCCAACAUCAUCCAGGAGCUGCUGCAGGAGAACAUCGUCCGCGGCAGAGGUCUGCUGGCGAGGUCUGUGCUUCAGGCCCAGAGUGCGUCUCCCAUCUUUACUCACGUCUACGCCGCCGUGGUGGCCAUCAUCAACUCCAAAUUCCCUCAGAUCGGAGAGCUCAUCCUCAAGAGGCUCAUCCUUAAUUUCCGCAAAGGCUACAGAAGAAACGACAAACAACAGUGUCUCACUUCCUCCAAGUUCGUGGCUCACCUCAUCAAUCAGAACGUGGCUCAUGAAGUGCUGUGUUUGGAGAUGCUCACCCUGCUCUUGGAGCGGCCCACUGACGACAGUGUUGAGGUGGCCAUCAGCUUCCUGAAGGAGUGCGGCCUCAAACUCACAGAGGUCUCCCCCCGCGGUAUUAACGCCAUCUUCGAGCGCCUAAGGAACAUCCUGCAUGAGUCCGAGAUCGAUAAACGCGUGCAGUACAUGAUCGAGGUGAUGUUUGCUAUUAGGAAGGACGGCUUUAAGGACCACCCUGUAGUUCCAGAAGGCCUGGACCUGGUGGAGGAAGAGGACCAGUUCACUCACAUGCUCCCUCUAGAGGACGAAUACAACACAGAGGACGUGCUCAAUGUCUUCAAGAUGGAUCCUGACUUCCUGGAGAAUGAAGAGAAGUACAAAGCCAUUAAGAAGGAAAUCCUGGAUGAGGGAAGCAGUGAUUCAGGCGAUGAUGCAGAAGGCAGCGAUGAAGAGGAUGACGAGAAUGAAGACGAAGAGGCAGGAGAAGGAGAAGAUCAAGAUAAAGUCACCAUCCUCGACAAGACCGAGGUGAACCUGGUAGCGUUUCGCCGCACCAUUUAUCUGGCCAUUCAGUCAAGCUUGGACUUUGAGGAAUGUGCUCACAAGCUGAUCAAGAUGGACUUUCCUGAAAGCCAGACGAAGGAGCUGUGCAACAUGAUCCUGGACUGCUGCGCACAACAGAGGACCUACGAGAAGUUCUUUGGUCUUCUGGCUGGAAGGUUCUGCUUGUUGAAGAAGGAGUACAUGGAGAGCUUCGAGGCCAUCUUCCAGGAGCAGUACGAGACAAUUCACAGGCUAGAGACCAACAAACUGCGAAAUGUGGCGAGAAUGUUCGCGCAUCUCCUCUAUACGGACUCCGUCCCAUGGAGCGUCCUGGAGUGUAUGAGAAUGAGCGAGGAGACGACGACGUCCUCCAGCCGUAUUUUCGUCAAGAUCCUCUUCCAAGAGCUGUGUGCCUACAUGGGGCUUCCGAAGCUCAACGAGAGACUCAAGGACUCGACUCUGCAGCCAUUCUUCGAAGGCCUGUUCCCGCGCGAUAACCCGAGGAACACGAGAUUUGCCAUUAAUUUCUUCACCUCCAUCGGUCUCGGUGGACUCACAGAUGAGCUGAGAGAGCAUCUAAAGAACGCCCCUAAGAUGAUCAUGACCCAGAACCAGGAUGUUGAGUCAUCUGACUCUGACUCUUCCUCCUCGUCUUCAUCAUCCCCAGACUCCUCAUCCUCCGACAGUGACAGCAGCGACACAGACUCCUCCAGUGACGCUGAUGCCUCAUCCAGCAGCUCCAGCUCAUCAGAUUCAGACUCGGAUGCGAAGCGGAAAAAGGUGUCCCAGCGUGGAAAGAAGCAUAAGGAGAAGAGCAAAAGGAACCAGGGACGGGACAAAAGUGAGGAGGGCCAACAAAGACAAAAGGUCAAAUUACGAAAGGACUCGCUGGAUAAGCGAGAGCGUACUACAAAAGGUUUUCCUAUUGAGCGGGAGCGCCGGCAACGAGACUCCCCCGAGGUGCGAGAGCGCGGCCGAAGAGAGUCCCCCAAGGUUCGCGGCCGAAGGGAGUCCCCCGAGGUUCGCGGCCGAAGGGAGUCCCCCGAGGUUCGCGGGCAAAGAGGGUCCCCCGAGGUUCGCGGCCGAAGAGGGUCCCCCGAGGUUCGCGGCCGAAGAGGGUCCCCCGAGGUUCGCGGCCGAAGAGGGUCCCCCGAGGUUCGCGGCCGCAGAGGGUCCCCCGAGGUUCGCGGCCGCAGAGGGUCCCCCGAGGUUCGCGGCCGCAGAGGGUCCCCCGAGGUUCGCGGGCGCAGAGGGUCCCCCGAGGUUCGCGGGCGCAGAGGGUCCCCCGAGGUUCGCGGGCGCAGAGACUCCCCCGAGGUUCGCGGGCGCAGAGACUCCCCCGAGGUUCGCGGGCGCAGAGACUCCCCCGAGGUUCGCGGGCGCAGAGACUCCCCCGAGGUGCGAGGGCGCAGAGACUCCCCCGAGGUGCGAGGGCGCAGAGACUCCCCCGAGGUGCGAGGGCGCAGAGACUCCCCCGAGGUGCGAGGGCGCAGAGACUCCCCCGAGGUGCGAGGGCGCAGAGACUCCCCCGAGGUGCGAGGGCGCAGAGACUCCCCCGAGGUGCGAGGGCGCAGAGACUCCCCCGAGGUGCGAGGGCGCAGAGACUCCCCCGAGGUGCGAGGGCGCAGAGACUCCCCCGAGGUGCGAGGGCGCAGAGACUCCCCCGAGGUGCGAGGGCGCAGAGACUCCCCCGAGGUGCGAGGGCGCAGAGACUCCCCCGAGGUGCGAGGGCGCAGAGACUCCCCCGAGGUGCGAGGGCGCAGAGACUCCCCCGAGGUGCGAGGGCGCAGAGACUCCCCCGAGGUGCGAGGGCGCAGAGACUCCCCCGAGGUGCGAGGGCGCAGAGACUCCCCUAAGGUGCAAGAACGCGGGAGGAAGGGAUCACCUAAUGAGCGAGAGGGUGGGAGAAAGCGCUUGCCCGACGUGCAAAAGCAUGGGAGAAGGGGCUCGCCCGACAUGCAACAGCGCAGAAGAAGCGACUCGCCCGACGAGCGAGAGCGCGGCAGGAGGGACUCGCCCGACGAGCGAGAGCGCGGCAGGAGGGACUCGCCCGACGAGCGAGAGCGCGGCAGGAGGGACUCGCCCGACGAGCGAGAGCGCGGCAGGAGGGUUUCUCCCAUUGCGCGAGAUCGUUCAAGAAAGGACUCACCUAAUCGGGGAGAACGCAAGGACCGACAAUACAAAAUCAAAGAGACCAAGGACACCAAAAAUGACUCACAGAGAGACCGAGAGCGGCGGCGCAGCCAAGAGAGGGAAAGAUCAAAGUCAAAAUCACGUGAGGGAAACAGCAAGGACAUGUCUUCCAAAGACUCGUACAGGAAUGGAACAGAGCGAGAGGACAAGGAGAACCGUUACAGGGAGUCCAGGCGGAGGGAGGACAGGAGUGCGGAGAGAUCACCCAGGAGACGCAGAUAACCCACGGCACAAGAGAUACACGAGUUAAUCACGUUGUGAUCUUAACUUUGGAGGACAAAUGCAGUGUUUCUGUACAAACUAGCAGUGCAUUGUGGGAAAUAUGGACGGUUUUAGAUUCUCAUUGGCCUUUAGAAAAGUGAGGAGAAUAUUUGAAACAGAAAGGAUCUUUUGUAUUUUUCGACGUGCCUAAAUUGUUUUGUGUUUUUGUUAAUGAAUAUUAAAAGAAUCGAUUAAACGACUGUCUUUGGUAUUAAGUUUGGAUCGUGGACUGAAUUUAUGGUUUAUGAAUUAACUAAAUCCACAACAUUGAUAAAUUUAGCUAGCUAAACUUCACAACGCAAAGCUUUGCUAUUUGGUCCUGGGUGAGACCACACCCAUCAGGAUUUUUCAUUUUUUAAUUAAGACAUUUUCUGAGAGAGUGAUUAUGGGUCAGUUUGUGUUGCCAUGAUUUCUGGAAACUCGUUUAUCUAAAAGGUCUAAUGGUGCCAAACAAUUCCUGUAAAAUAAAUAAAUGCCCCCCUAUAGCACAA